CUGAGUAACAGUAAAACAUUGCCUUGAGGAGUCUGGACACAGCAAUAAAACAAAAGCCGAAAUUACACUUAUAAAAGCGGAAUUUAUGAUUUUAUCAGUCUUGUGCUUCCAAGGAGAAGUUAUAAAUUAUUUACAAGGUUUUUUAUUUAUAAAAAAUAAAGCUGGCACCCCCACUACCCAUCAGUAUGCCAGCUCUACUGGAGAGACCGAAGCUUUCUAACGCCAUGGCGCGAGCUCUGCACAAACACAUCAUGAAGGAGAGAGAGCGAAAGAGACAGGAGGAAGAAGAAGUAGACAAGAUGAUGGAGCAGAAGAUGAAAGAGGAGGAAGAAAGAAAAAGGACAAAAGAGUUAGAAGAAAGGAUGUCUUUGGAGGAAACAAAAGAACAGGUUCAGAAAAUGGGGCAGAAAUUGCAGGGCUUGCAAGAGGAAAAGCAUCAGCUCUUCCUGCAACUUAAGAAAGUGCUCCAUGAAGAAGAAAAAAGGCGAAGAAAGGAGCAAAGUGAAAUUACAACACUUACAUCAGCCAGUUACCAGCCUAGUAUAUCCCUGCACACAGGACAGCACCUGCUUACGCUGCAAGGGAGUCCAGUGAGUCACAGUAGGCCGGGAGCACUGUUGACAGAUCGUGGUAAACAAUUGUUUCAAACACCUGGUAUUUCUGCCAGACACUUUCCAGGCCAGCCUGCUUUUACUCCAGUCUCUUCUGAGCAUGCUCAGUUCUCAGCCGGUUCUGCAGUUCAUGAUGUAUAUUCAGUGACACAGGCUCAACACCCUUCCACUUAUGGCCCAGCGACUUCUGUCCCUCUAAACUUUUCGGGAACCCAGAUCAGAGCUUUUCAGACAAUGUCGUACCUGCCGCAUCAGCCACAGAGUUUUGCUGUCCCUAGCCACUUUGCUUCCCAGCCAGGUUUUAUCCCAACUACUAGCAUCUCACUUCAGAAACAGCUGGAACAUGCCAAUCAGCAGUCUGGAUUCACUGACUCGGGUGCUCUGAGGCCUAUGCAUGCACAGGCUCUACAUGUUGGUGCUGCAGGACUACUGUCUUCGCCUUCACUGGCUGUCCAGAUUCCAACAGCAAAGGCCCCGUUUCAGAGCUCUCCUCAGCCAGCACCCCACCAUGCUUUCCUUUCCCACUCACAAGCUGGACAGAGAUUCUAUCACCAUAGCAAGUAGGCAAAAUUGCCAGAACCAGACCUUUUAAAAUGCUCUAAGAUUACAAUGGAUUACCACAAUAGGUUAUACUGAAACAAAUAACUGUUAUAAAAUGUACAUUAGAAGUAUAUGUACUCAUUAACAAUGUACAUGUUCAUGUAGAUAAACGUUGCAUUAAAAUGUUCUCUUAGAAAGACAGAAAUAACACAUCUGUUGUUUUUACUGUAGUCUUCAUUUAAUAUCAUACAUGGUCAAGACUGACUAGUAGAUAUAAAACACUAAGAAACCAAGUAUUUUUUUUGUUGAAAUGAAAUAAAAAUGAAUGAGUGUAAACAGUGAUUUUUGUUAUGUAAAUAUUUUGCCCUACAAAUGAUACUGACAACUGCCACAGAAUAGAUGGGCUUGCUAAAUGGAACCUUUUACAUAUCUUUAUUGCAGUUGUAGGGAAGUUCAUGGUUCAUAUACAAGUUGUUUUACACCAAAAAUAUUUGACAACCAUUUCAGUAACUGAGUGUUAUUUUCAACUAC